AUGGCCGAGCUGCUGCCGUCGGAGCUGCCGCCCGCGGACGACCCCGGGGCAGGUGCCGGCGACCCGGGCCCCGCGCGGCCCCUCGGCGCUGACCCAGGCACGCCCGAGGGCGACGGCAGGUGGCGCUCGCGGGCCUCGCCCCCGGGGGGCACGGGCAGCCGGGCGCCCCUGCAGGACGCGGGCGACGCCGGUGCCGCCGGCGCGGACGGCGAACCCAGCCCCGAGCCGCCCGCGCCCCCGGGCCCGGACGCCGAGGCCCCCAGGACAGCGUGGGGUCCGCAGCAGCGACAGCUGGGCAAGAAGAAGCACCGGCGGCGGCCGUCCAAGAAGAAGCGGCACUGGAAGCCGUACUACAAGCUGAGCUGGGAAGAGAAGCGCAAGUUCGACGAGCGGCAGAGCCUGCGCGCCUCGCGCGUGCGGGCCGAGAUGUUCGCCAAGGGCCAGCCGGUGGCGCCCUACAACACCACGCAGUUCCUCAUGGACGACCACGACCAGGAGGAGCCCGACCUCAAGACCGGUCUGUGCCCGCGCCGCGCCGCCGCCAAGUCCGACAGCAGCGACGAGGACUUCGUGGAGGAGGCGGGCGAGGAGGACGGUGGCAGCGACGGCAUGGGCGGCGACGGCGGCGAGUUCCUGCAGCGGGACUUCUCAGAGACGUACGAGCGCUACCACGCGGAGAGCCUGCAGAACAUGAGCAAGCAGGAGCUCAUCCGCGAGUACCUGGAGCUGGAGAAGUGCCUGUCGCGCAUGGAGGACGAGAACAACCGGCUGCGGCUGGAAAGCCGGCGGCCGGGCGGCGACGAGGCGCGCGUGCGGGAGCUGGAGCUGGAGCUGGACCGGCUGCGCGCCGAGAACCUGCAGCUGCUGCGCCAGAGCGAGCGGCCCCGCGCGCCUGAGCAGGACUAGGGCGCCGGCUAGGGCCAGGGCCGCGGGCCCCGGGGACGGCGCGGGCGCGGGCGGCCGGCAGACCUCGCUGUGAUGUAGCUUCGUGCUUCCUCCUCUUCUUUAAUUAUGUGAAACUGAAGGGUUGCUUUUCUCGUUUUUCUUUUAGGGAGCCUUUUUUUUUUUUUAAAGUGUGUAAUUUGACCAAGUUAGAAUGCAUUUUUCUGUUUUAAAAAAAAUCCCCUCCUUAAACGGAGCUAUAAGGUGGCCAAAUCUGAGAACCAUUAAAUUCAUCCUAGUUAUAAUAAAUUUAAUAUUUGUAAAUGUAACGUAGUUUCAGUGUCAUUUGUAGAGCUACUUCCCAAAAGAUUGAUUUAUGCUAGGGCACUUUUGAAGACUGGCAACGAAAUCGUUAAAGUGGUCAGUCUCAGUCAUAAGUUUCUAAGAAAGAACUUAUUAAUUUGCCAUUUUUUUUUCCUUGAAUGGGUUUUAGUAUGCUACAGUAUGCAGUUCAGGCAAAAUAUAAAGAUGUAAAUGUGCUUGUUUUCUAGUGCCUUGUUUUUCUCCACGCUGGAGAAAGAGUAUUGGGUGCUUGGGGAGUGGAAAGUGGCCACAUACAGAAGCUUAAGAUUCAGUUCUGCCUCUUGAUGGCCGUUCAAGUCUAUUAACAAAAGUAUAGACCUAAUCUGGCAGCUCACAAGUGGGGACAGCUGACAGCCGCGUUUCACCCUGCCUGUCGGUCUUCGGGGGAGUCCCCUUCCCUUCCCUCGAGGAAGGAAUCCUUGGGAGCCCGGGGGGGGGGGGCACCUGCUGUUGGAGGAGAUAGACUUGUGAGGCAGCUCUUCGAGGUGGGAUUUCAGAGGUAGGGAAGAUUGCAUUUGUAAGGGAAAUGGCAGGGGGAUUCCAAGGAACUUGGCCUAACUGCCCAGUAUUAAGAUACUUUAAAAAGAGAAAUGGAACGGUCCACUUUUCCAUGAGGGUCAAGCUAAAAUUAGAAGUGCCCCUCCCUGCAAAUCAAAGGUAAAGCUGCUCUCCAGGGAGCAGGAGGGCCUGGGCCCUGGGGGAAGAGUGCUGCACAUUUGUCCACAGCUGCCUGGCUGAGUUCUCAUGAAAAUGGCAGGGAGCUCUGAGAACCAAUUCCUGGCCCAAAACCAAAGCUGUCGAAUUAAACGACUGUCCCUUCCUGUCGCCAUGGUCAGCCCAGCUCUCCUUCACCUGUGAUGGGUCAAGUGUGUUCCUGGGCAGUCGGGUUGCUCUGGUCACGCAGGGAGUCCUUGACUUGGUGCCUCAGAAGCUGUAGGAGCCUUGGGGUCCACGAACCCUGUAAGAUUACUGUACGUGUAGUCUUGUACAUCCUGGGGAGAGGGCUCAGGAGACUUGAGGUUGUGAACUCUGAAGGCUGGAACCCCUUCUGGGAGAGGGAGCGAGCCUCGCACUGGGCAGCUGCUCCUGCAGCUGUGGCCUAGCGGAAGGCAGAGGGGCACAGAUGAGUACGCGGCCAGGCCCUUCACAGCGGGCUGCUGUCCUGUCACAGGAGGCCCGCUGGAAACACUGUGUGACCAGUCUUAACUUUGGCCUAAAAACUAAAUGACCUGGGUGGGGGAUGUGGCUCAGUGGUGCUCUGCCUGCUUGGCAAGCUUAAAGUCCUGAGUUUGAUCCCCAGUACUGGGGUGGGGAAGGAAGCAACUAAAUGACCACUUUGCAACAGUUCCCUUGGUGAUUUUAGUUGUCCUCCUUAUGAUGCCAUGCUGUUGGGGGAAGGCAGCAGCAAUAGUGCCCUCUGGCUUUUCGGUGUGGCUGUGCCUAUGCCUCUCUGCUCCAGGAGGCCAGGUAAUCACCUGGGAUUUUACAUCCUCCUAACAAGGAUUUAACUAGGAGGAACUUACUUCCCCUACUGUUAAAAACAUGAAAUUUCCAAAAUGAAUCUUGGAAAGACUGAAUGCAUUUAUCAUCAGAAGAAGUAUAUGUUCUACUUUUAGAAGACAUUCAGUGCAGUUUUAAAAAUAUAUAGAAAUAUUUUUAAAAAUACAAAUACACUGUUUAGUUUUGCCAGGUGUCGUGCACACCUAUGAGCCCAGCACUAGGGAGGCUGAGUCAGGAUGGUAAAUUUGGAGGCCAGCCUGGACUACAUAGACCCUGUCUCAAAACAAAAAAUUGGUUUUAAGUAACUCUUAACAGUAAUAAAAAAGUGUCAGUUAUUAAUGUGAUAUGCUAAUAUGAUAAAAGUACUAGUAAAUGAUCUUUACCUUGA